UAGAUGCAACUGCUGUUCUGAAUGUAGUGAGCAGAUUGUAGUAUUAGAUUGUUGUCAUGUCUAGGUAUAGGCAACAUAUGGAUUUCCAAUACUGAGAAUUUAUUAUUUUUCCAUUCGCUUUCUCUUGCUAGCAGACCUGGCAGAUCACUUCGGGUAUUUUCUAUAUACAGGCUUGCCAGAAAAGAGAGUAACUAAAGGGGGCAUAGCACAUUAGAGGGCCUUAAGGAGAGAACAGAGGAGUGGGAUAGAAACAGUGUAGGUGUAGAAACAGGGUUAGGUAGAUAGACUGCCAUGAGAGAGGAUCCGUCAAGCUGUGGUGAAUACCCUGAGGGAGGGGUGGUGUCCAGUGAGGAGGAGCCAGACUGUGCUCCAAUCAAAUACCCUGUGGUGGUGGUAACACCAGGGGCUGGCGGGCGCAAGAGUGUCACCAGGACAGACAACAUUUUAUCGCCAACAGAGGACAACAAGUCAACAACAGGAGGGCCUCCCAGUUUGAUCCCAUCAGGACCUAAGAGGCCUAAGAAGAGUCUACAGCCCUCUCUGUCUCCUCUCCCCAUCCCAGGCCAGCCCUCCCUGUCUCCUCUCCCCAUCCCAGGCCAGCCCCUGGAGGACCCUCAGCACCAACGGGUGAUUGCCAAUGUACGGGAGCGCCAAAGGACGCAGUCCCUGAACGACGCUUUUGCCUCGCUGCGUAAGAUCAUCCCCACGCUCCCCUCGGACAAGCUGAGCAAGAUCCAGAUCCUAAAGCUGGCCUCGCGUUACAUUGACUUCCUCUACCAGGUCCUGCAGAGCGACGAGAUGGAUGCCAAGCUGGCCAGCUGUAACUACCUAGCCCACGAGAGACUCAGCUAUGCAUUCUCAGUGUGGAGGAUGGAGGGGGCCUGGUCCAUGUCCGCUACCCACUAGCCCUGUCACCUACCUCUCUAACACCCCGUCCCUCCUCUCCUGCCCCCUCGCCCUCCCCAAGCCAAUCUCCCAUGAUCUCUGACCCCUGCUCUCUGACCCUCAUCCUCACGUCAUCUAACUCCUCUUAUCAUUCUACACCAGCACCGCACCUAGGCGACUGAGAAGCAUCCACCUGUUGGUCUGCAAUCCCUUUGUUUACUGGUUUGGACCUACACCUCUGGACCAACUAAAUCAAAGAUAUGAGCCUGGCCUCACUCUGGAGAGGUACUGUAGAGAGACUCAGCUUCCUCGAGCCCACACAGAAUCUAUGGGACAAUGAUUCAGAGCUACUAGCAGGUCUAGAAGAGGGACAACUAUAGAGUUUUAGGACCUGGAAAUUGCAACUUGUGACUUGGAAACAAUUUGGUAAACAAAUGUAAGUUGCAGAUAUUAAUGGGAAUAUUCCUAUUGUAGUGUAACUAGAUGUAGUACAGAACUGUUUGUAAACCAACAUACAAUUCCUCAUUAAAAGGGAAACAGUUGGUAUAAGAUAAUAAAAUGAGUACUUGAGCAUCUGAA